AUGUAUGCCUGCUAUUACAGCACCCAGGGUUAUCAUGCCAUGAUGAUCGUUGCCGGGAAACCUAACGAGAGAGGACCAGGAAGUGAUCUCAGGAGCCGCAGCCCGCAGUGCCGAGUGCCCGGUUCCCUGUCGUUGCUCGGGGUCCUGCACGGUGGGAGCCGCGCGCUGCAGACCCGGGUGCGGAGGACGCGGCGGGUCCGCGGGGACCUGAGACCUCGGGAUCCGCGGUGUCCGCGCUCGCGGGGCGGCCUGGGAAAGUCAGCAGUCAGCAGCGCAGUGGCGGGAACCGCAGCCCGGCGGCCCUGGAAGCUCCCAGGGAAGCAAGCCAUGUAUUCAUUGUUCCUAAAAGAGGAACUCACAGAAGACAAGCAGUAAGAGCUGGCUGAUUCUACAGUAAACAUGUCCCAGGGUCUGUUUUCAUUCAGGGAUGUGACUGUGGACUUCCCCCAGGAGGAGUGGGAAUGUCUGGACUCUGCUCAGAGGGCUUUGUGCAUUGAUGUAAUGUUGGAGAAUUACAACAACCUGGUCUUUGUGGCGAAGUAUUGCAAAUGUGAUCCUGUCCAUCACCAUGUGAAGACUGAAAAGGAGUCCUGUCAGUGUAAUGAGCUUGGCAAAGUGCCUCAUGACCCCUCCACAUGUGCACUUUAUAGAGCAAGUGAAACUACAGAAAACUCUGAUAACUACAAGCGACACCAUUGUCAGACAUGCAGGAAAUGCUUCAAGACUGCCACAUACCUCAGAGAACACGAGAGAAUUCAUACUGGAAUUAAACCUUUCAAGUGCAACGUUUGUGAAAAAUCCUUUACCCAGCGUUCAAGUCUUAAAAUACACCAAAGAGUUCAUACUGGGGAGAAACCUUACAAAUGUAAAGAAUGUGGAAAGUCAUUUCGUCAGUUGUCAGGAAUUAAUAGCCAUCAGAAAAGGCAUACUGGAGAGAAACCUUACAAGUGUAAGGACUGUGAUAAAUCCUUUGCCUAUUCUUCCACUGUCAAGAAACAUCAGAAAAUGCACAUUGCUGGGAGACACUAUAGUUGUCAAGAAUGUGGCAAGAUCUUUCUUCAGCUUUCACAUUUUAAAAGCCAUUACAGACGCCAUAUUGUAGAGAAGCUUUACAAGUGCAAUGAGUGUGACAGACACUUUCCCGGCUAUUCAUCAUUGAGUAGGCAUAUGAAAACUCAUUCUCUAGAGAAGUUUCACAAAUGCAAAGAAUGUGGUAAGUCCUUUGUUAAAUUAUCACUUCUUAACAGGCAUUACAGAAUCCACACUGGUGAAAAACCUUACAAAUGUGAGGUAUGUCACAAAUCCUUUAUCUGCAACUCAACUCUUAGAAGACAUCAGAAAAUCCAUACUGGGGAGAAACCUUACAAAUGUGAGGUAUGUGACAAGUCCUUUACCUGGAAAUUAUACCUUAAAAGACAUCAGAAUGUUCACACCGGAGAGAAACUCUACAGAUGUAAGAAAUGUGACAAGUCUUUUACUAGCCGCUCAUAUCUUAGAUCCCAUCAGAAAAUUCAUACUGGAGAGAAACUUCAUAAAUGCCAAGAUUGUGACAUGACCUUUACGCAUAUGGCAAAGCUUAGAAAACAUCAGAGAGUUCAUACUGGAGAGAGGCCGUACACUUGUAAGGAAUGUGACAAAUCCUUUAUUAGUUGCUCACAUCUUAGAAGACAUCAGAGAGUUCAUACUGGAGAGAGACCUUAUACUUGUAAGGAAUGUGACAAAUCUUUUACUAGGUGCGAUUUUCUUAGAAGACAUCAGAGAGUUCAUACUGGACAGCGACCUUACAGUUGUAAGGAGUGUGACAAAUCUUUCACUAGGUGUGAGCAUCUUAGAACACAUCAGAAAACUCAUACUGGAAAGAAAACUUCCAAACCCAAAGAUGACAUAUCCUAUGUUCAUAUUAUAAGACUUUGA